CAAGGCCAUGUCCACACGCCACAGAGAGAAGGAGGCCUUAGAUGAGGUCCACCACAACCAGAUCUUGCGGGAAUUGUACCUCAAAGAGCUGCGAGCCCAGAAACUGUACACGCAGUAUCAUGUGAACCCCCUGCGCAAGGUUCAUACAAUUACCAGGAAACCCAUGUCUUGGCAUGAUAAUCUGGAGGAGGCUGAAGAUGUCAGGUUUCUCAGUCUCAUCCACCAUGCCACCCAGGGACCCAGGAAGAAAUACGAGGAGACCCAGACGGAAAGCCAAGAAAUCGGAUGGGACUCAGAGCCCUUGAUUGACCCAGACCGCAGUGACCGCAGGGUGAACCACUUCCGGGUCUACAAUGACAUCACACUGUACAAGGCGAAAAUAUGGAGCCUGGGAGAAGACGAUCGCCACAAGUAGCAUCCCAAGGGCUG